AUGUCGGGCACGCAGGAGACGGAUUAUUUGAAAUUGAUAUUAAAUGCGCGGGUCUAUGAUAUUCUACAGCAGACGCCACUCACAAAGGCGUCUAACCUCUCAAAUCGCCUCGGCUGCAACAUCCACCUCAAGCGAGAAGACCUCCACCCUGUCUUCUCUUUCAAAUGCAGAGGCGCGUACAACUUCAUGGCCCACAUCCCCACACAGGAUCGGUGGAGAGGCGUCAUAACUUGCUCUGCUGGAAACCACGCCCAGGGCGUUGCUCUCGCUGGCUCACACCUUGAUAUCCCCUGCACCAUCCUCAUGCCCAAGAACACUCCAUCCAUCAAGUGGAAGAACGUCGACAGGCUUGGCGCCAAGGUCAUCCUCCACGGCGACUCUUUUGAUGAUGCAAAAGCCGAAUGUUUCAGGCUCGCGCACGACCUCCACCUCACCUACGUCCCUCCUUAUGACCAUCCUUACAUCAUCGCCGGCCAGGGUACUGCUGCCGUCGAACUCACCCGCCAAAUUGACAUGUCCCACGUUGACUCUGUCUUUUGCAGCGUCGGCGGUGGUGGUUUGAUUAGCGGUAUGAGCGAGUAUAUCAAGCGCAUAGCCCCCGAUAAUGUCAAGAUGAUGGGUGCUGAGACGUUGGACGGCGAUGCCCUGUCCAGGUCCAUCAAAGCUGGUCAUAGGGUGAUGCUCGACGAUGUUGGUGUGUUUAGUGAUGGUACGGCCGUUAGGAUAGUCGGCGAAGAACCCUUCCGCAUCUGCCAGCAACUCAUAGAUCACAUCCAACUCGUCGACAACGACGCUAUCUGCGCAGCUAUCAAAGACGUCUUUGAAGACACCCGCUCCAUCCCCGAACCUGCAGGUGCGCUCUCGGUUGCCGCGCUCAAGUCGUAUAUCUACGAGAACAAUCUGCUCAACUCUGGAAAGACUUUUGUGGCCGUUGUCAGCGGAGCGAAUAUGAAUUUCGACAGAUUGCGCUUUGUAGCGGAGAGGGCGUCUAUCGGAGAGGGCAGGGAGUGUAUGUUGAGCAUCACUAUUCCAGACGAGCCUGGAAUGUUUGUGAAGCUGCACUCUGCCAUCCAUCCCCUCGCCGUGACGGAGUUUGUGUAUCGCUAUGCGGAUGAUCACCCACCAGCACAUGCACAGGAUGCCGUUAUCUUCUGCUCCUUCUCCCUCCCCUCGGCCAGCAGCUCGCUAGCCCCAUCCGAGCGCCAGUCUAUGAUCGCAAAUGUCAUCACCAAAAUUCGCAGUCUCGGCUUCGACGCACUCGAUGUAUCCGAUAAUGACCUCGCUAAAUCUCACGCGAGGUAUCUCAUUGGAGGCAGGUCAUCGUGUACCAAUGAGCGCCUCAUCGCGUUCGAAUUCCCUGAACGCCCGAACGCCCUCAGGAAAUUCCUUACCGCUCUCAACCCCAACUGGAACAUUUCGCUGUUCCACUACAGGAAUCUCGGUGGAGACGUCAGCAAAGUGCUCACGGGUAUUCAGGUCCCCCCUUCAGACACCCAGGCUUUCGAAACUUCCCUCAAUCACCUCGGCUACCAGUACGUAGACGAGACUGAGAAUUCUGUCUAUCAGCGUUUCAUGAGGUUUUAG